GGGUCACAAGAUCAGUAAUCAAUACCCCAUAUUGGCAUUUAUUUACACUGCUGUGUUAGAGGGUUAGGUUUAGGUUAUAUAUCGGGCAAGGUUUUACAUGAAGUACUAAGCUGUUUGGCGAUUGUAAUACAAAUAUGUCUGUAGAGGAUUGUUCUUUUCGUCAUGCUGCUGUACGCUCUCCAACUCUCAAUCGGGUCGCUGAACUUGCUAAAGAUUUGUGUCUUGAUAUAACAGACGAUGAAUUGAGCCAGUAUAGAGAUGSAAUGUCCAAAACCUUAAAGACUUCCUAUCAACGACUAUAUGACUUAGUUGAGCCAAAAUUGCCUGUGAAGUAUCCACGUACCACUGGAUAUAGACCUUCACAUGAUGAAAAUCCAUUAAAUGCUUGGACCUGGAAGUGUGAUAUACAAGGAGCAUCAAGYGGAAAACUACAUGGAAAAACCAUAGCCAUAAAAGAUAGCAUCCCUGUGGCUGGUGUUCCUAUGGUAAAYGGAUCAUUGAUUCUAGAAGGUUUCAUCCCAGAUAUUGAUGCAACUGUUGUCACAAGAGUUCUUGACCAAGGUGGACAAAUACUUGGAAAAGCAACUUGUGAGAAUAUGUGUUAUGGAGGUUCAAGUUUUACUUCAGCUAGUGGACCUGUUAAAAACCCGUUAGAUCAAAGGAAAAUAGCUGGAGGAUCAUCAUCAGGAUGYGCUGCACUGGUUGGUGCAGGUCAGGUCGAUAUGGCAAUAGGUGGUGAUCAAGGUGGGUCGAUACGAAUGCCAGCAGCUGCCUGCGGGAUUGUGGGAUUAAAACCAACUAUGGGACUUGUCCCUUACACUGGUGUGCCACCAAUGGAAUUUACACUGGACCAUGUGGGACCAAUGGCAAACACAGUAUUUGAUAUUGCUUUACUACUAGAGUCCAUCGCCGGUUUAGACAGUGAUUUGGAUCCCCGUCAGCCAAGUGACUUGAAAACAACAGAGUACACUAAACAGCUUAGUGGUGAUAUACGAGGUUUUCGUGUUGGUCUGGUCAAAGAAGGUUUUAAUCCCGGGUUUGAGUCAGACGUCAACGAACUGGUCAGAAAAUCAGCMMAGCAGCUUAUUGAUGUUGGUGCAGUGGUCGAGGAUGUAUCUAUCCCUUGGCACAAUGAUGAACCUUCAACGGGCUACAUCACGUGGGUUGAAGAGCCACCCUAACGACCACCCACCAACCGUCACCAUCUCACGGUUACUAGGAAGGUAUCUCCAGGAAGAUUAUUAUGGAAUAUUCUACAGCAAAGCGCAGAAUUUACGGCGAGAAUUAAAGAAAGCUUAUGACGAGGCCUUGCUGAAGUAUAAUGUGCUCAUAAUGCCAACAUGUCCAAAAAAACCCUCUCAACUUCCUUCAGAGGGAAUCACAAUUAAUGAAAUAUUACACGAGGCUUCUCAAUGGAAUAAAAACACAUCRCCGUUUAAUGUGACUGGCCAUCCCGCUCUUUCAAUCAAUGCGGGAYUCUCUGAGGGACUACCCGUGGGCAUGAUGAUAAUUGGAAGACACUUUGAUGAGUCUACUGUACUUAACCUAGCCUUCGCCUUUGAACAGUUGCGCGACAAAACGCAAUCUGAAUGCAAAACAAACAACAAAUGAAGGGAUUCUUUGUCGUCUUCGUUCGUGAUUCCGCGACUGCGGAGCAGUUUUUAAGACUGAGAUCAUGUAUAAUUUUUUUUAAUAAUUAUGCGCUUUUUGCAGUAUAAUGGCCCAUAGUUUUCCAAAUUUUCUGCCAUAAAAUAAACUCAUUGGUGAACCGAAUAAAAAAGAAAAA